UUUUACUUAGACAACGUUAACUCAGAUGGUAGUAGGUUCUCUGAUAUCUCUUUCUUUUUCUCACUCGAGUAUCCUCUCUUUUCUCUGUUCACCAAUUCUUUAGUCUCAUUGAGUCAGUUGAAGUUGAGUCUGGUUGAGUCAGUCAGUUACGCGAGAACUGCUGUGGACGUAACAUUAUACUAUAGUUUAUUGUAAAUAAAAUAAGAAAGGAAUAAAACAAUGGCGUCUGCAAAGAGAAAGCAAGAUGAGAAACAUCUGAAAAUACUUCGUGAAUUAGUAUCACAACCUGGAAAUAAAGAAUGUUUUGAUUGUCGACAACGAGGACCAACUUAUGUCAAUAUGACCAUUGGUUCCUUUGUAUGUACUUCAUGUUCUGGUUUGCUACGAGGCUUAACACCACCACAUAGAGUUAAAUCUAUUUCAAUGGCAACAUUUACUGUUGAAGAAAUUGAAUUUAUAAAACAACGUGGUAAUGAACAUUGCAAAAGAAUAUGGCUGGGAUUGGUUAAUUCAAAUACUCCAAUAACAAUUGAUACUAAAGAUGAACAAAAAAUGAAAGAUUUAAUGUCUGCUAAAUAUGAACAUAAAAGAUAUUAUUUAGAUCCAUCGAUGGCUAAUGACAAUUGUAAUAAUCAAAAAGUACAAUCAACCUCUUCUGAUAGUACACUACGAUCAAAUCAAACUAAUAUACCUAGAGUACCAAAUGUUGGGACAUUGCCAACAUUGAAUACACCUAAUCAAAAGAAAAAAAAUACUACAGAGACUAUUCCAACAUUUACUACUGAUUUUGUUGCUGAUUUUAGUCAAGUACCCGAUCCUUUUGUAUCUGCUGCACCAACAUCACAAUUUUCUGGGUCUAUUCAACCACAAGCUUCUUUUGCUAACUUUGACAAUAAUCCAGCAUUUGAUUCUUCCAAGAAUUUAUCAAAUUCGUUUAAUUCAAUUGGAAAAUCUGUGAGCAACUUCAACGGUGUCAAUGCACCACCUCCAGAAGACCGAUACGCUGCGCUUAAAGAUUUAGAUUCAUUGAUGAAAAAAACCCAAUUAAAAGAAGAACCGCCUGUUAAUGUGUCAUCUGCGUGGAUUACAAAUAACUCAAACACUUCUAACUCACUUUGGACAAACAAUGAUCAAACAAAGCACAUCAUUUCAAAUCCAUUCACGGGAAAUGAUUUGUGGAAACCAUCAUUUCAUGUGAUCAAUAAUAAUAAUAAUAAUAAUAAUAAUAACAACAAUAAUAAUAGUAAUAAUAACAAUCAUACGCAAGCUAUGGACAAUACUUUUUAUAACUCUGCAAAUCCAUUUAACUCAACAUUAUAUUCAGCAACUAAUGGAUUUGGUACUCAAAAUAAUACGGAUGUACUUGCAUCUAGUCAACUGAUGACUCCACUCUCCGGAAAAGUGUGGCAUCCGACUGUGCCACCUUAUCAGGCAAACCCUUUUAUGGUUGGUACAGGUGUAGGAAAUUUAACGAGAAGUUCGAACAAUCCCUUUUUAUGAUUAAACUUUACGUUAUUGAGCUGACAAACUUUAAAACAUAACGCUAAAUACGUAUAUGUGUAGUGUAGGUGAAUUCCAUUACAUGAUUUUAUAAUUAUAUGGCAUUUAGUGCCAUUAAUUUUUAUUCCUAUAUAUUUAUAGAUAUAUAUAUAUUUUUUUUUAAUUUUUUUUUUUCCAUUUUUAUUUAUUUAAGCACUUUUUCUUCCAUGACUGUCAUUCUUUUAUUCAUACUAUAACUAAAAUAUGAUUUAUUUAUGUAUAAAAUGAUACACGUUAAAUAAAGAUUAAUAUUUGU